AACUUUAUGAUUGCUUAUGAAAUCCUCCAAUAUAUGCGAGCUCGGAAAACAAGGAAGCGGGGUUGGCAAGUUAUUAAGCUAGACAUGACAUGAGCAAGGCUUUUGAUCGUGUUGAAUGGCCCUACUUAGAGCAGGUUAUGCAGGCUCUUGGUUUUGCUGAUGGUUGGAUCAAGUUAAUCAUGGGCUGUGUCUUAUCAGUAACUUUUGAGGUGUUACUAAAUGGCAGAGAGGCAAGACGGGUCACUCCUACUCGAGGCUUGAGACAAGGUGAUCCAUUAUCGCCUUAUCUUUUUAUCCUAUGUGUAGAAGGUCUCACAGCGAUGUUAAAUGAUGCUGUAACCAGAGGAAGUUUGCAUAGUAUCCAAAUAUGUAGAAAAGCACCGAAAAUCUCUCACCUGUUUUUUGCUGAUGAUAGUUUUCUGUUCCUUCGAGCUACGGAAACUGAAGCAGGAAAAUUAAUGGCUAUUUUGCAAGGCUAUGAAGCUGCAUCUGGCCAAGUGAUCAACUUGCAAAAAUCCUCCAUUACUUUUAGUAAUAAUGUACAACAGAGGACACGAAGCUGGAUCUCCCAAAUUUUGGGCAUGAUAGAAGUCGAGCCUAGUGGGGAGGAGAAGAGGACAAGCACAAGAUCCACUGGAUGGAAUGGAGGAAAUUUGCAACCGCGAAGAGAACAGGGGGCUUAGGCUUCCGAGCUAUGCGUGAUUUCAACCUAGCUAUGCUAGGAAAGCAAGGCUGGAGGCUUUUAACAUACCCGGAUUCUUUAGCAGUGAGACUUAUGAAGGCAAAAUAUUUUCCCCAUUCGGACUUGCUACAUGCAGAGCUAAAAUCGCCCUGUAGUUUCACAUGGCAUAGCAUCUGGUACUCAACAGCUCUAUUAAAGCAAGUAUGUAGAC